AAAAGGAGUCUGCUUAAUAAACUGGUUGGUUUGUUGAAUAGAAAUCUGUAACCCUCACAUACUGGGCAGUUUUCAACAUACGUACAUAAAUCUGAAGAAGAGGUUCAUCACUUGUAUCAGUUCAUAUCAUCUGAUUGACCAGCAAGUAAAUUACUUCGGCUAAAAGAAUCGUUCAUAGAAAUAAAUUUAUUUGGAGAUAGUCCGAGACUCAGAAUCAGAGUUCAUUCAUUUUGAGAACGCUCCCAAAUUUUUGAAAUCUUAAAAUGGGAAAUACGGACAGCAUCCCGGUCGUUUCGCAGACCAAGUCAUUUGUCCAAUGGGUCGGUGGGGACGCUCCGGGCGCACUAGCCACCCAGAAAAAUUUUGCAUACAACAACACGUUCCCUAUAAUUUCGCAAAUCGCGUCUGCAGGGUACGCCAUCGGAGGCGAACCCGAGAAGGCACUCGACCUUCAGAAAAAGUUUGCUGACGACAUGGAGAACGUGAUCGAUUCCAUUCCCGUCGCUGGUCACGUCAAAGGUGGCGUCCACUACGCCAUGGGGGACAAUAAGAGGGGGGACGAAGCGAUGAAAUCUGCCUCUCGAAGUACAGGCGUUGUGCUGGGAGGAAUUGGAGGUUUUGCAGCGGGGGGUCCAGUGGGCGCGGUGGCUGGCGGAAUCGCUGGUGGGGCCGCGAUGGAUGGCAUUAUCACUGGAAGCGACAUUCUCAUCAACGGACAAGAAGCCAAACCUCACGGAUAUGUCGCCAUGGGUCAAGAAAUCGCCCGUGCUGUCGACGGCGAGAGGAAGAUCACUGUCGAGCAGGGUUUCGACAUGGCGCUCGUCCCAGUUUCGGACGGUCUUGCGGGCUAUUCGGCUGGGAGGAUUGCAGCCAAACCGUUAGGAAUGAAUGUUGCUGGAGGGAAACCGAUCCCCACACCGGUCAGGGGAGGAUAUCGUCCCGUCGUCACGGUCAUGGGGGAUGAAGGGGCCGCCACCAUGGCGAAAAUUAAUAAUGCUGCGAAUAACAAUGUAGCUCGGGGGAGUAGAAUGGGUCUGGACAAGGCAGCCCUGAACAACCGGGCAAAUCAGAUAAAUCCCAACCAUGUCCCGAGUGGACCUGGACGCCCGGCCGGAUAUCGUGGCGCAGGAACGGCUGCCGAUCUGAACAAUCAUGCCAACCAGUUAAAUCCUAACAAUCCCCGAUUCCAACCACGACCACCAUUUACUAGCAAUAAUAUUUAAAGCUCAAAAAUUACGAUGCCAGCCUACAUAUUUAUGGAACGAUUUCAGACUUUUAAAAACUAUGAUUAUCCUUCACAGUUUUUAAACCUAUUAUUUAUCUUGAUUGUUUUUAUGUUCUUUAUUCGUCGUAAGUAUUUAUGUACUCCAAGAUUAAUUUGAGAUGUCAGAAGAAUCUCACAUACUUAUUUUAUGAGUCAUAUUUUAGACUGCAUAUCCGGAAUACAUAUAUCCGGAGUUGAAAUAUUCGCAUUAUAUUAUAAAUAUUUAUGUUAUAAAUAUCUUUACUGUUUUGUUUAUAACAAUAAUAAAGCUCUCUUUACUGCGGAAUAAAUGUGACGUU